AGGUGGUUCGUCGUGACAUUCGUUUUGCGCGCCAACUUCAACUCUCAUCCAAAGUGAAGGUACCCUUUCCGCAUUCCUUAUCGGUGGUGAUGCGCGAAACCCCCGGUGGCUAUUUAUCGCUCUUCACCCAGGGAACCGCCGACAUUAUAAUGGAUUUCUGCGAUGAUUUCUGGGAUGGCAAAGACUUGCGUCCGCUGUCGCCGCAAGACCGCAAAAAGGCGCUCGAUUUCUAUCAACGCAGUGCGCUCACCGCCUACUGCACGGCCUUCUCAUAUCGCCCACUUCGCCAUGGCAUAAAUGGCGCGCUAAGCGGCGCAAAACAUACUGGCGGUCCAAUUGCCUAUCUGGAGUUGCCUCCCGAAUCAAAGAUACGUAUGCGGCAUGUAGAUCGCGCACACUGUGACUUCGAAAGUGGACAUAGCCAUGUGAAGUUAAGCCAUAGCAUCAGCACCGAUUCGCUGCUGUUCUCUGAAAGCAAAGACGACGACAUUAAUGAUGUGGAUGGUUGCUUUGAGAUGCAGUGCCAUCAGGUGUUCAUCGGUAUGGUGACUAUGCAGUACCAAGCGCAGACAGAUAUAGUGCAAUUGGUAGAGCGCUUGGAACGCGCUUGCAUACGUUUCGUACACUUCAGCAAGGAAAAUGAGUUGCGUUCGCGUGUGUUUUCGGAGAAAAUGGGUCUGGAAUCGGGUUGGAAUUGUCAUAUAUCGCUAUUGAAUGAGGCAGACGACAAGGCGUCGACGAAUACUGGCGCGGCCGCAAACAGCAGCGCUGAGAAGGCUAACACUAGUGGUACGUCAGCGGCUGGGCAAACGCCCACGCGAUCUGGUAACAAAGAAGCGCAUGUUACUAUUGCGAAUAAUAUCAACAACAUUGUCGAGUCCGCUCAUGAUCACUCAACAGCCAUAAGCAUCAUCAAAAACAAGAACAACACUGCCACAAGCACCAAUUCGACCACCACUGCCAUCAGUAGUAGUAAACCUUCAUUGCCUCAUAAAGUUGAAAACAUAACUCAGUGCAAUAGCAUGCACCACAACACCACCAUCAUUAGUAGCACGCAUCACAAUCAUCAAAUGCACCUAAAUACAUCGAAUAUUGCAGGAGGUACAACCGGCGCUGACAAUGAUGCCGAUGACGAAGGCAGCGAUUUGCAUCGCCUACUGCCGCCCGCCAAUCUCGAGUCUUCCAAAGCGCUUAGUUCAUCAGCGCCUGGCGCAAUCUCUAAUCCGGGCGACUACAGUGCGGUACAGCUUAGUUCAUCGCCGCCGUCGCGUCGCAGCAGCGCCAGCUGUGGGGACGGUAACGGAAAAGUGGAAUCUUUACACCUGGUUGGAGACGGCGACGAAGGUAAUGCUAUAAAAGCUGCAGCUGAAGCUGAUGCCGAGGAGCAGCGCCAGUCAGAGGACUCUGCAAUGGAUGAGAACUGCCGCUCUAUGAGCAUCAUUACGGAAAGCACGGAACAGAGCGCACCUGUGCACUUUGAUAUGUCGAAUCGUGCGAAACUGCCGCGCGGUAUCGAAAAUAUACGGCCGCAUUUAGAGCAAGUGGAUAACGUGCCGCUACAAGUAUCGCUUUUCACCGACUGUUCACCUGAAGCGACGCGUCAAAUGCUUGACAUCAUGCAAUCGUAUGGCGAAAUUGUCGUCUGUCUCGGCUCUUCGGCCAGCAACUCAAACGCAAAGAUCUUCUUGCAGGCCGACUGCAGCAUUGCGGUUGAACCGCUGUACCCACAAGUUUGCCAAGAUAUUCCCGCAUACACGGAGGGAAACCUAACUAACAACAAAUUGCGUUUGUUACGCUUGAAAAAAGACCUCAAUGGCGAAGAGAAGUAUGGCAGUCAUGAGCCUUACACCACCGAAGAGCUGCUCGAGAGCGGCUUCUAUGGCAAUGACGAGCCGCAAAUGCGUCCAAUGCAAUCCACGGGUAAUACUGUGUCGCCUGUUUAUCUAAGCAGACUACUCAACUCCUUGCCAUGUUCCAUAUCGGUGUGCCGCGAUGAACCUUUGUCACUGGUAGCCAUUAUCGAGCUAUCGCGUCGUUUCUCUUCAGGACUCUGGAAUUGCAUACAGUACUGGGCUUGCUGUGCUGGUGCGCUUUCGGUGAUUAACAUUUUGAGUGCUUGCCUUUCCUUGCCGCCGCUGCUGACGCCACUCAUGGUUAUCUAUUUGAUGAGUAUACCGGUGCCGUUAAUAGCUCUCGCUCUAGCGCACAUCGAUGUCGACCCAAAGAUUAUGAAUCGUGCAACGGGCAAGAAGCAAACUGAAUAUGACACACGCGUAUUUGGUUUUGUGGUUUGGUGUUACGGCUGCAAGUUCAUUGCGCCCAUUUUGGUGCUGAUUUUAGCCUAUUGUACAUUUAUGGCACAUCCCAUCGAACUCAUGGACAUUGACGAAGAGAAAUUUCAUAUAAAUUUGCAUAUCGCGCGCAUUUUCUCAUUUCUUGGCAUUUUAGUACAUUUUGUGAUGAUUUCUGCCAGCUUCGUGCAUCGGGAUCACUCGCUGUGGCAGCGCAAUCCCUUCCGCAAUAGCAUUUGGUUCUUCACCUGCAGCUGCACACUACUUCUGCAUGUAGUUGUUUGUGCAGUGCAGAUUUUCCUGCACGACACCUACUUCAAAGAGGCAUGUGGCAUGUGGCCGGCAAUAGUUUUUCUCUACUGUGGAAGUUUGAUAAGUCUGACUAUCACAGAAAUAUGCAAGUGGCAGGAAAUUAAGGUAAACACGCGUUAUCAGCGGCGUGCGAGACUAGACUUUGGCACCAAGUUGGGCAUGAAUUCACCUUUUUAAAAAGCGACUGAACAAAAGCGAUGAGUAUUCAACAAUCUAAAGAGACUAAUUUCGACAUCAAAGAAAUAAAAAACAAAACGAUGCAAGGAUGAUGCAUUAAAAAGACCAUAAACUAUUAUUAUAAAAACUACUUAAAGAACACAUUAAAAAAACAAAAAGAUAAGCAAUUCAAGACGUAGUGCCAAGGCUGCGGCUAAACUAAAUAAUAACGAAAUUAUGGAAUCACAAAAUAAAUAAAAAAA